CACAGAAAGCCAUCCCUGUCCCCAGGGCCCUGCUGCCUUCACCUUCCACUUCCUCUUCCUCACCUAUGCCCUAUCUGUCUGGGCUGCAAUCAGCUGAGGCUGCCUGGCCCCUCCCUGGGCUGGGCAUGGCUAUAAAAUCCAGCAACCAAGCAAAGGGUGUCACAAGGAUCUGGGAGCUGUUGGCAGGUGAGUGCAGGGGUGCCAGGGUUGGGCUUGGACAGUCUUGUCCGUUGGAUGCUGCUGCCAUCCCUGAGCUGCGGGUGGGAUCCUGCCUAGUUCCCGCAGGGCUCAGAGCUGGGUCUGGAUUUGGUCCCUACCCACCAGUUUUGGAUGAUACUUUUUGGGGAAGGCAACGCUGUGGGGCAGAGCUGGGGGAACACAACCCUGCCCUGGGCACAGUAUGAGGUGCACUGGGGACAGAGGGGGCUGAUGGGGGGCAGAGAAGCUGUUCCCGUGGGAUAUCCCUCUCCCUUGUCUGGAUGAUGCUGGGCUGGCCCCUCAGGGCAGGUGGACAUGGGGAGCAGAGGGGCUGAUGGGAGGCACAGGGGUUGUUCCCAUGGGAUAUCCCACUCCCCUGACUGAGUGAUGCUGGAAUGACCCCACUGGACAGGUGGACAUGGGGAGUGGGACCUGCCACCAGGAAAGCAAAGCCCAGGUGCCUGUGCCUGGCAGCCACCCAUGUCCCAGCCACCAGGAAGUGGUGGCCCUGGUGACACAGCCUUGAGUCAUGCCAGAGGCUCUGGGCGACAGUCUGUCUGGGACACCUGGGCCGGGAGGGGGAUGCUUGGAGAGAGGUAUCCCAGUCCCUGAACUGCCCCAUCCCUGUCCCCAGGCAGCAGCAGCGAUGGCAACGCUCUACCCCUCCCUGGAGGACAUGAAGGGCCAUCAGGUCCUGCAGGCACAGGCAGCUGCUGGGGUGAGGACUCCCCCCACCACAGUGGUCACAGAGAAGCCAAAGCUCACCUCAGGCACUGAGCCACCUGUGCUGUACCCCAACCUGGCUGAGCUGGAGAAUUACAUGGGGCUUGCGCUCUCCAGCGAGGAGAUCCAGAAGAACCUGCACCCAGAGGACAACACCGCCCUGACCCCCGUGGGCCCCACCCCGGGCCAGCUGGUCGCCCCCCUGACCGGGAACAGCGCGGGGCUGCGGCGGGCAGAGAUCAAGCCGGGCGUGCGGGAGAUCCACCUGUGCAAGGACGAGCGGGGCAAGACGGGGCUGCAGCUGAAGAACGUCGACCAGGGCAUCUUCGUGCAGCUGGUGAAGGCCAACUCGCCGGCGGCGCUGGUGGGGCUGCGCUUCGGGGACCAGGUGCUGCAGAUCGAUGGCAAGAACUGCGCGGGCUGGAGCAGCGACAAGGCACAGCGGGCACUGAAGAAGGCGAACCCCGAAAAAAUCGUCAUGGUGGUGCGGGACAGGCCUUUCCAGCGCACUGUCACCGUGCACAAGGACAGCACUGGCCACAUCGGCAUCGUGGUGAAGAAGGGGAAGAUCGUGUCGCUGGCCAAGGACAGCUCAGCCGCCCGCAACGGGCUCCUCACCCACCACUGCAUCUGUGAGGUGAACGGCCAGAACGUCAUCGGCAUGAAGGAUAAACAGCUCACGGAGGUGCUGGCAGGGGCUGGGAAUGUGGUGACGCUGACAAUCAUCCCCACUGUGAUCUAUGAGCACAUGGUCAAACGGCUCUCAUCAGGGCUGGUGAAGUCAUCCAUGGACCACUCCAUCCCUGACCUGUGAUGCCAUCACUGCCUUCCUGGGGAGCUGACACUGGAAGCUGGGAGGAGCUGCUGAGGGGACACCACAACACCUCAAAAGAAGCUUUUUUAGUGUGAAUCUCCUCAUUGCUCCAGAGGCUGGUGGCUGCUGGGUGGUUCU